CAUCUGUUCAUACUGGCAAUAGAUUCAGAAAACACCAAAGAGGACAAAGUUGUGGCUCAGAUCAAAAAACUUCAAGGGACCUUUGGAGAAAAUGUGACGGCUCACUUGGUCGUCAUGUUGCCAGACACCAAAAGCGCCCAUUCACUCCGUCAGCUGAAGCAAAAGUUCAACACCCAACUGGCAGUCGCCAGUGAAACGCUGGCCAGCGAAUGUAGGAACUGGUGUUCGGACCGUCAGCCAUUCUGCUAUGACUACAAAAACUACAGUGAAGAUGUGGUGUUAAGAAGAAUGACGGGUUUAGAGAACAUAAGUUUGGAUGGCCAGCCUGUGUAUCACCGUGGGAGAGCAGGUGACGGUGUCUUUGAAGAGCCAGACGACAUAUUUAACAUCGUUCUGCUGGGACCGAAUGGGACCGGAAAGAGUGCAUCUGCAAACACCAUCCUGGCUGCUGGGCACCCCAACCAGGAUUCAUUGCAACUUUUUAGAUCUGAGCCAAGCCCCAUGCUGGUCACCACCCAGUGUGAGGUCAGAAUAGUGGAGAAACCAUUCGGGACCAAAGUGAGACUGGUCGACACCCCAGACUUCUUUCACGACCAACUCAGAAACUCCCAGGCUCAGGUGGAGGAGUGCAAGAAGUACUGUAAGCCCGGACAAUGCCUGGUGCUACUCGUGUUACGGCUGGGCCACUUCACGAACAUCGAGAGAGGAAUAUUAGAAAAGCUGGAGAAGAAGUUCGGUUGGGAGAUCAGGGAGAGCACAAUUGUCCUGCUGACCCAUGGAGAGGAGCUGGCGGGAAGUCUGGAGAAGUUUAUAAACGCACAUGAUCGCCUCAAGAGCGUUAUUGAGCUGUGCGAAGACCGAUAUCAUCUGUUUAGCAACACCUCUAACAACAAGAAGCAAGUCAUGGAGCUCAUCAAGAAAAUGCCAGAUUAUAAAAAUCUUUUCCCAAAGUUUGCAAAAAAGCAAAAUACUCGCUGCUGCAUACUUUAGCUAUGCUGUAUGUGCAAAUGACAAAGUGCUCUAAAAGAAUACUUACGGAUUAGCGUAGUAUUUUUGACUAACAAUGGACAGUUAAAAAUAAACAAUCAAUGCAGAACCACACAUAAUAGCACUGGAUCUGUGCCCUUGGUACCCCGGCCGAGGUGCAACGAAAAAUCGGGACGGUAAGAAACUGUUCUAUUGGUACCAUCCAAAAU